UGUGGCCUACAUCUAUUUAAUAGAGCACAAUUAGAAUGCAUCAUAAGCGAUAACAGUCCAGAGUUCACGUGUGCAGACUAAAGGUUUAUGUAGAUAGCCGGUCCUCACAUUGUACGUUGGGUGGGGCCAAUAAGCGGAAUCUGUGCUGGUGAAUGUUCUUGCAGAGCUUCUGUGUUGGGCUUGUAAAGUCGUGGUCCUAAUCCUACCAUUAGGCAAAUCCGAUAAAGAAGAAGACCGUGACAAGCAAAGAUGGAAAAAGGACACCUAGGACCCGAGUCGGCACCUCCCUACCCCGGCCCAUACAACAACUACGGGGGUGCGGCGCCCCAGCCUGGGUUGUACCCGUCCCCUAAUGCAGGACCCCCACAUGUCGCUUACCAAGGAGGUCCGACUUCCACAGUGACUCAGGUGGUGGUCAUGCCAUCGCUGCAAGAUAGCCCAGGAAGAGCUCAGUGUCCCCACUGCCGGCAGAUCGUGGUCACCCAGACGGAACACAAAGCAGGCCUGAUGACUUGGGCCAUCUGUGGAGGACUCACACUCUUCGGGUGUUUUCUCUGCUGCUGCAUACCAUUCUGUGUGGACUCCUGCCAGGAUGUGGAGCACCACUGUCCAAACUGCCGUAAAACCGUCCAUGUCUACAAGCGAUGCUAAUGGUCACAUUUUUAAGCAGUGACUUUUUCACUACCAAAUCCGUGAAGGUCAUAUAAAUGCAUUAUCAAUUAGUCAGUAGUGAUUUAGUGCUAACAUGCAAACCAAUUUUUGUUUGCGGUGUUAAAUGCAAAAACAACACGUCUGCAAAGCUUGUUUGCAAAUAUUGUUCCACACGUAUUCAACUAACUGUAUGUUGCAGAAAUACAUUAAAAAAACAUAAUUUGCAAAGGUAA